GGUCUUCCGUGAUACCCAUUACAACCUUCCACGCCACGCAUUAACUAACGUGUCAUAAAUUUGAAAUAAUUUAUCAUUCAAUUUAAUGUGAAUGGAAUUACAUUUUUUGUCCAACUGUUGAUGCGUACAUCACACGUGUAUAAAACAUUGACAUUUUCAAUUUUUAUUGUUACAUAAAUUUCAAAUUGCUGUUUGCAAAUGUAUCAGACUCGCAAUAACAGAAGGUCGCAAAUACGCAAUUCUUUUUAAUAAAUUAGUUUUAAUGGAUUGAAAAACUAUCAAGUACAAAAAUUAAGGAUUUACCUUCCAAUUCAAAACGCCUGAAGGCGUUGGAACAAUCACAAACAUUCCAUUUUGCAACAAAAUGACCGCGGAGGAUAGCAUGGAGGACCGUCAACCGAAUUGGUCGCAGGACAUGCCAACGGUACAAGAAGUCGGUGAAAUGAUGCGAAGUUUUGGUAUAUGGGAUUACACGGUCUUCGCGUUCAUGUUGGCUACUUGCGGUUUUGUUGGCAUUUACUUCGGAUUUAUUAAAAAAUCGUCAGGAGAGGAUGAGUAUCUUGUAGGUGGUAGAAACAUGAAGACGUUCCCUGUUAGUUUGAGUCUUAUAGCCAGCUUCAUAUCAGGUAUUUCGUUAUUGGGCACACCGACGGAAGUUUACGUACACGGUAUUAGUUAUCUUUAUAUCGGUUUCGGAGUAAUCAUCGUCGGCUUUGUAACAUCAGGGAUCUAUUUACCGAUUUUUCACGAGCUCAGACUUACAAGUACCUACGAAUAUCUUGAAAGACGGUUCGAUAGGAAGAUUAGAACAUUAGGAUCAGUGCUGUUCUUGAUCGGCGUCGGUGGUUUACGAGCAGUAGUAUGGACCGAUUUUAUUCAGACUUUUGUAAUGUUUGGCUCUAUGAUAUUAAUCGUCGUUAAGGGAACAUCCGAUGUAGGUGGAUUUUCGUUAGUAAUAAGAAGGAAUCUAGAAUCUGGAAGACUCGAAUUACCGACGACAGAUUGGAGUCCUCUUACGAGGCAUACAAUAUGGUCCCUCGUUGUCGGUGGUUUCUUUCAUUGGUUGCAAAUAUCUGUUAUCAAUCAAAAUAUGAUACAAAGAUAUCUUGCAUUGCCCACGUUAAAAUCAGUUAGGAGAGCGCUUUGGUCUUUUAUAGUUGGAGUCUUGAUUUUAAUAGGAAUAUGCGGAUACGCGGGAAUGUUAAUAUAUGCCUGGUACCAUGUAUGUGAUCCACUUACAACAAAGUUAGCAGGUGCGAAGGAUCAAUUGUUACCGUUACUUGUUAUGAAUAUAUUAAACGAAUUUCCGGGUCUUCCGGGUCUCUUUGUUGCUGGGGUAUUUAGCGCAGCAUUGAGUUCUUUAUCUACUGGUUUGAAUUCCAUGGCUGCGGUCGUGUUGGAAGAUUUUAUCAAACCCUUUAGAAAAACACCCCUUUCCCCGAAAGCUGCGGAUAUUAUAUUAAAGCUGACGGUGGUUGUUCUUGGAGUAACCUGUGUGGCACUUGUAUUUGUCGUUGAAAAAACAGGAUCUCACGUGUUGCAGAUUUGACGAGAAACCAGUCAGCACAGAAGGAUGUUACUACUCGUUCCCUCAAGUAGAAAACUUAAUGCUGCUUGAGCCUCCAGACACGAUUCUAGAUGGUGACGAAUUUCUUCCAACCUCUAGCGUUGUAUCGUCUCAGUUAUCUUUGGUAUACUGUUACUGGUGCAUUAGUGACGAUGACUAUUGGCCUCGUUGUCAGCCUAAUCUCGUCCGAAAAUGUCGAAAAAUUGGACCCAAUGUUACUGGCACCUUUUCUAAGAAAAUUGUUGGAAAUUUAGAAAUACACAGUUUGGAAGUACAUAGAACGCAAGGAGGAGAACGCAACUAAAAGAGUAUUACAUUAGUAUGACCUUGACUUGAUGAUUAUGAUCCAUGUUGAUCGAAUCAGGGGUCGGCAAACUGUAUGAGAUGAAGUGUUUGGUUGACAGGCUGAAAUAUCAAAUUAAGAGGAUUGAAACUAAAAUAAGUUAGGUCAAUAGAGAAAAUAAAAUACAAAAUGACUUGAGUUAGAGUUUGGAUGAGUUAAAAUGCCGAGACACGAGUUGAUGGACUUAUUCACAUAAUUCUUAGUGACACGAAAGUGCUAAAAGUCAUUUAACACUGGGGUACAACAGAUGAAUAAAAUUUCAAUACAUUUUUUUAUAUCUAUUCAGAGUUAUAGUAUAUUUCAUACGUAUAUUUCAACAUGUACAAAGAUAGUGUAUACAUUAGUAAUCUAAUAUUAUACUAGCGAUAUUUUUAAUGAAAUUUUUACCUUCGCUGUAAAAUAUAUGAUAUUCAGGAUGUAUAAAACAAUCAAACUUCUUGAGAACGCCUUUUCCUCUACCUUUCAUUGUAGAUAAAAAGCAGAAUGAAAAUAUAAUGUUUGUAUAAUAAUCAUAUUUAAAGAUAUUUUAAAAAAUUGCAAGUAUAAAAAAUUAUUGCGAAAUAAUAAGUUAUUAAAUCUAUAUUUUAUUUAUUAAAUACAAACGGUAUAUUAAAACUAUAAUUUUUACUUCAGUUAUCAUAAUUAUCAUUAAUUCAAACGCAUAUUCAUACAAAAUAAAAAUCCCGAAAUACUCUUCUUAUAUACAUAGUUCCUCGUUUAGUUCUACAAUGAAUAAAACUCAACAGUAAUGCACUCUUUUAAAAGUAAAUGUAUUACUUUUAUUUGAAAGAAAUGCAACAGUGUAUUUUUUUGUAGACAUUAUAAUGUCCAGUAUAUUGCUGUUACCAUUAUUAUGUUUUUACAAUCCAGAUAUCAUUAACAAAUAAAGAUUAAUUUUAUUGAAAUAUAAAAACAUUUGGCUCCUGCAGUUUGGAUUUAUUUUAAAUUGAGCAUCAGAUUAAAUAGAUAGAGGAAAUUUAUGUCUAGACAGAUCGAUCGUAUCUUUUUCAUUUAUAUGUAUAAAAUUGUACAAGAAAAAUAUUCAGACACGAUGUUCUAAUGUUUUGUACUUAUGGAGGAUGACAAACUGCACGAGAAUCAAUCGUUUCUAUAAAUCCCAAAAAUAUAAUGUGAUACAAACAUAUUUUGUGUAAUAAUAUUUAUAACAUUAUAAUAGAUUGCAGAUUUUUAUGCAAAUUCACGUUUUUGAAAAUUGCUGAAUCCUGUAAGAAAAUUGUUUUGUGUAUCAAACAUUAUUUAUUUAUUUUACGUGCUAUUUUGCACUUUGAAAUUUCUUAUAAAUGCAUAAAAAUCUCUAGUCUAUUUAUCAAUAACGUAUCAAAUGUUUUUUAGCAUUGGCAUUGUGUUCGUUCGCCUAUAUACCCAUAGGU